UCGGAUUUCAUCUCAAGCUUUUCUACUUCUAAGAUUUCCAAUCUCUCUCUACACUCUCAAAAUUUUUGCCUUUCUUUUCCUGUUCUACCUUUUCUCUCUCGAUGGAAAAGGUUAUCAGGUUGUCUGCAGAAAGGGGUGUGGUGGUUUUCACCAAGAGCUCUUGUUGCCUCUGCUAUGCAGUCAACAUUCUGUUCAAAGAACUUGGAGUGGACCCUGUGGUCCAUGAAAUUGACAAAGACCCUGAAGCCAAGGAAAUGGAGAAAGCUUUAACUAGGUUGGGUUGUUCGCCACCUGUUCCGGCGGUCUUCAUCGGAGGGACGCUUGUGGGCUCCACCAAUGAGGUCAUGUCCCUCCAUCUCAGUGGUUCACUCACUAAAAUGCUCAAACCAUAUCGAUCUUUAUCUUAAAAGAGGACUGCACAUGCAAAUUAAGACCUUGAUUUCAACAAUAAGCAUGCACUAUUAUAUAUGGCUCCAAUGAUCACCAGAGUAUACUUACUACUAUGCCUAAUAUUGGAUACGAUCCAUGCAUGUGUUGCAAGUUGUUAAUUUCUAGCAUUUUAUUAGCUAUAAUUA